GUAUCACUCCGUGUUCCUCCGCGACGAGUCCAGUGACAGCUUGUUGGGCUUUCCGUCAAACUGUUCUGGCCUCACGGAGCUCGCAGGGGGCUGGCCGAACCCGGUGGCUUGCUUUGGCGGCUUCUUCCAGUUCGAUGGAACCCUACAAGCAGACACCUGGUACCAGCUGGUCGUCCUCGUGAGCCUGAGCGCCGAUGCCCCGGAGGGCAUCCGGCUGCGCCUCAACGUGGGGAGGCAGACCUCCGUGCCGCUCGACAGCCUCACCUUCGAGGCGGUCGAGUUCUUCGAGUCCUCCUUCGAUGCGCUGGAGCCAGGUCCAGCCGACGGCUGGCACCAACCCGGGCCGCCCCUGACGCUCUCGGCACCGACCUUCCAGGUCAUCUCGCCCCGGACGUUUCUCCCCGCAGAGGUAAACUUCGAGCUCCGCCUGUCUUUCAGCUUCCCGAACCUGCUACAGCCUCCCUUCACGAUCCUCUUGAUGGCGCGGCCCUUCACGGCCUGGGCAUUGCAGCCUCCUGGGAUAAGGACGGUGGCCCCGGCUAUGGAGCAUUCAGAUGCCUCCUGCGACUCCGCAGUCGCCAGCCCUGGAAUCCAGGGCAGAUGCUUUUGGAUCUCCUUCGGAGCCUCCAGCACUGGCGAGCGGCCCCGCGCGAACGGUGUCAAACUCAUCUACGAGUCGCUGCCGACCACCACGACGUUGCGCAUCACUGUUCGAUCUCCGUCCUUGGGGAGCUUCGAUGAGUGGGCAGCUGUACUGCUCGAAGGGGAUGGCUUGCCGGCCAUGGGCCCCAACGUAAGCCAGCCAGCGCGGGUGCUGGUGCUGGGAGCCCAUGGAGUGCUCGUGCAGCCGACCCCUGUUUCACAGGUGCUGUCCUACAGCAGUGCUUCCACUUCCACCCUCAACGUCGUGCGGGUGCAGGUUCAGCCCGGAAUUACCAUCCGGGGCCGCGAAGGAAGUGAGCUCGCAGACUAUGGCUACCUGAGGUUGGUCUUGCCGGACGUCAUGGGGCAGAUGGUCACCUGCCGGCUGGAGCCCCUUCCCAUCUGGUCCCUGGCACCGCGCUUUGCCAGGUACAACCGCUACGUCACGCGGCUGAGCACUACGGAAAAGUCCUGCACCGUCUACGCCAGUGCAACAGACCUCCACUUCUUCGCCGAGACGAAGUAUGUGAUUGAGAUCAGCUUCUUCAACGCCGUCACCGCCUUCCGCGCGGAAGCCCUCACUUGGUCCCUCGAGCGGCUCGCCGGCGAGUCCGUCCUUCCAGCCACGGAGGUGAAAGACGAGGGCAUGCCCUUGCUCCUUCCCUGCAAAUCUUCCAUCAGAGAUCUAGACUGGACCGAAGCCAACGUGGUCGAGCAGUGCACCAUGCUAGGCAAAUUGGGCGAAGGGGCAGGAGGAGCAUCUUGA